CAAAAAGCAGAGGUGAACAGGAAGCAUAGGUGAAAGACAUGGCCAUCUCCUACCUCUUCCUUCUGCUUCUCCUUCCCAUUUAUGGGAUUGCUGCUGCCCCCAACACGAGGCUAUUUCGCGAGUACAUUGGCGCCGAGUUCAAUAAUGUGAAGUUCUCCGACGUUCCCGUCAACUCAGGCGUCGACUUCCACUUCAUCCUCUCCUUCGCGAUCGACUACUCCACAUCAGGUUCCCCUUCUCCAACGAAUGGAAAAUUCAACGUGUUUUGGGAUGCAGAAAACCUGAGCCCAUCAGCCGUUCAGGCUAUCAAGGCCCGCUACCCCAAUGUGAAGGUGGCUUUGAGCCUAGGCGGCGACAGUGUAAACGGCGGCUAUGCGUAUUUUGCCCCUGCCUCUGUGUCAUCUUGGGUCAACAAUGCGGUGUCGUCACUCACUAAGAUCAUCAAAGCCUACAAUUUGGAUGGCAUCGACAUCGAUUACGAGCACUUCAAGUCAGAUCCCGGCACUUUCGCCGAAUGCAUCGGAAGGCUAAUUUUGGAAUUGAAGAAAAACAAUGUUAUCUCUUUUGCUUCCAUUGCUCCAUUUGAUGACAGUGAAGUUCAAAGCCACUACAGAGGUCUUUGGAAGAAAUAUGGGAAUGCUGUGGACUAUGUGAACUUCCAAUUUUAUGCAUAUGAUAAGGGGACCACUGUUUCUCAAUUCGUUGAUUAUUUUGAGGAGCAGAGUUCAAAUUACAUAGGGGGAAAGGUUUUGGUGAGUUUUAUUAGCGAUGGGAGUGGGGGGUUGGCGCCUGGAGGUGGGUUUUUUGAAGCAUGCCAGAGGCUCAAGAAUGAAGGGAAGCUUCAUGGGAUUUUCGUUUGGUCCGCAGAUGAUUCUAAGAGCAAUGGAUUCCGUUAUGAGACCCAGUCCCAGGCGGUCUUGGCCGACUAGAUCACACCUCUCUCUCUCUCUUAUAUGCUUUUGACACUUACUUGUACAUAGGCCUGCAUUUGUUAUUUUAG